CUCGCUGCUGAGGUAGCAAAUAUCAAGAAGCUUAGAUUGCUCAUUGCUUCCUCUUAAUUAUCCUUCAAGACGCUUACGCGUUUCUACCAACUGCAAUUCACCUCAGAUAGCACUACAACAUUCUAAAUGGGCUGUUCGAAGCAUGUCAUUCUGUGUACUGGAGACGUUACGAAGGAGCUAAGAAGUGGAAUUUGGAAUGCUACUUAUAAAAAAUCCAAUUUGGAGUUGGUGAAAUCGCUGGCCAGUGCAAGAUUGACUGCCAGAAACGAUGUUUUGGACGUUCCUGUUGAAGGAUUGACAGUGUUUGCACCUGAAAACGAAGCGUUUACAACACCUAAGGAUCUUUCAGACUCCUAUGAAGUUUACGUGAAACUUUUCUUUCUGGAUGACGGAAAGAUUGACUUGAAUGAACGCAAAAAAACAAUUGAUGAGGUCUUUGAAGCUCUUAAAGCAGUGUUAAAAAUCGAUCAUGUGACGACUCUGAUUGCUUCAUUCCCUCACAUUUCAUUCACACAUGACAGUGUCUGUGUCUCUCAUGACAAAACAUACGCGAGUUUCAAGGAAGUGUCUCCUGAGGAGCGUCAGUCUUGGGUUGAUACUUGGAAGUUGUUGGAGGAAAAGGUGAAGGCGAAAAAGGUGGACGAGCUGAGUGUGAGUGAGUUUGGAGUGCAAGAAUUGCAGUACCUCCUUCCUCGUGUCUCUAUACGCCCUGCUUCCACGCAGGUGAAUGUUGGCAGCAUGGUGAAGUUGCCCCGCGAACUCGUGGAGUAUGCAGAAGCUGAACACAUUAAGCUAUUCAUCCAUGCAGACUGCUCUUGUUUAUUGAACAGUGAUGAGAUUACAUCGUUCGUGCAGAGCGCAUGUCCAACAGACGAAAAGAGGCCCGUUCACGCCAAGUGGGUUUGUCGUUACACCGUGUUGUCUAAGACAACCUCAGUUAUAGAUCAGAAGGGAUACUUUGUUUCCGGUGAAACUGAGUAAAUAUUUGAAAGAAAUUCUUAAUACGAGCAGUGAACGGUUGCUGGUGAUUAAAAGCUCAUAUACGGGAGUGAAAAUCUGUUUUGCAUAACGCUCAAUUCCAUACACCCAAGACCACCUCGCCAUCUCCCCUGUUCAGGCGGUAUUAUGUCUAUUGUGCCCAAAACCUUGCUACCAUCUACAAAAAAAUAUCGUACAUUACUCGCCCUCACUUGGACGCUGUCGGACUCCACCGAAUAUGACGGCAGUACUGAUCAGGAGGCACAAACUUCCACCGGCUGUUGGGAGCCCAGUUAUAAUUCGUGGGAGGUAGUACUAAGUCUAGUGAGGUUACCCGCUCAGUUCGUUCAUUAUCGUCUGGUGAGUUUGUAAAAUAACAUGGUUCGUUGCUCGAACCCAACGAAUGACUCCAAACAAUUGCGGUCUCGUUUCGCAACUGGAAGCCCUGCAUAGCAGAUUGCCGUACACGGAGAUCACGACCAAAGUACUUUCGAACAGCAGGAUGCAGUGCGAGUAGGGAAACCCAUAUUAGGAGAGGCAAGUACCGGUCUAUUGUAAUUCUCAAAGACGCAAGCAGGAACACUGAGCAAACACCAGCAAAGACGAUUGAUGAAAUUAUCUUUGGAGAAACAUAAUGACACCAGUUCUCUCGAAAAGCGACCAUCUUGUCGUAUAUGUCGCAAUACAGGGUCAUGGAAUUCUGCAAAUCCCGGAGAUUGCUGGUGAAGUCACGUUUCAGAUUAUUUGGCAUCAUAGUAAUAACACAUACGAACAAAAUAAGACCAAUAGUCAGCGGAUA